GGCCACGUGAUGCGGGCGAGGGGAUUGGAGCUGCUGCAGCGCGCCGCGACAGAGAGGAGCAGCGCUGGGCGCUCGCGGCGGGUCCUCCUCCUCCUCCGCCCUCCGGCUUCUUGUCGCCGCUGCUCACCACUGCUCGCCGCCCGCAUCCCCAGCCACGGCGCCUGGAGGAGGAGGAGACGCCGCUGCCAGCAGGGUCCCCGUCGCAGCCGCCCACUGUCCCUAGGGUCCUCUCUUCUCGCCGCGGCUUGCACCUCUUCGCGCCACGAUGGGGCUGAUGGACUCAGAGCCCGGCAGCGUCCUGAACGCGGUGUCCACUGCAUUCAACGACACCGUGGAGUUCUACCGCUGGACGUGGUCCAUCGCAGAUAAACGCGUAGAAAACUGGCCGCUGAUGCAGUCUCCAUGGCCAACGCUAAGCAUAAGCACGUUGUAUCUCCUGUUCGUGUGGCUGGGUCCAAAGUGGAUGAAAGACCGGGAGCCGUUUCAAAUGCGCUUAGUGCUCAUCGUCUAUAAUUUUGGCAUGGUUUUGCUUAACCUUUUCAUCUUCAGAGAGCUGUUCAUGGGAUCCUACAACGCAGGAUACAGCUAUAUUUGCCAGACAGUGGAUUAUUCUAAUAACGUUAAUGAAGUCAGGAUAGCUGCUGCCUUAUGGUGGUACUUUGUAUCAAAAGGAGUGGAGUAUUUGGACACCGUGUUCUUCAUCCUGAGGAAGAAGAAUAACCAGGUCUCCUUCCUUCACGUGUACCAUCACUGCACCAUGUUCACACUGUGGUGGAUCGGAAUCAAGUGGGUGGCAGGCGGCCAAGCGUUUUUUGGGGCCCAGAUGAAUUCUUUCAUCCACGUGAUCAUGUACUCCUACUAUGGGCUGACUGCAUUCGGCCCCUGGAUCCAGAAAUAUCUUUGGUGGAAGCGAUACCUGACCAUGCUGCAGCUGGUCCAGUUCCAUGUGACCAUUGGGCACACAGCACUGUCUCUCUACACCGACUGCCCCUUCCCCAAGUGGAUGCACUGGGCUCUGAUCGCCUAUGCAAUCAGCUUCAUAUUCCUCUUCCUCAACUUCUACACGCGGACAUACAAGGAGCCCAAGCAGUCAAGAGCGGGAAAGACGGCCGCGAAUGGUAUUUCCGCAAACGGUGUGAACAAGUCAGAAAAGCAGCUAGUGCUAGAAAAUGGGAAACCCCAGAAAAACGGAAAGCCAAAAGGAGAGUAGACUGACCUGGGCCUUAACCGGCUGACAGUGAGGAAACUCCUGUGUCAUAGAAACUUUCAGGGGCAACAGAAGCAGAGGGUCUGGGGUGGGGAGAGAGGCAAAUGUGGUCUGUGCACCUUCAGACUGAGCACACCUUUCCAAAUGGUACCUAGAUGUUUUAUUUAUGAAGUUUUUAUUUUAAACAUUUUUUUUAUUAGCCUUGAUAUUGUCCAGACCAAAGCAAUCCCACUGUGACCUUGGAGCCCCUCCUCCUGUUCAUACUCACCUGUCGAGUGGGUGAAAAUGUCACCUGUCUUGUAUUUACCCCUUUUUCAGUCUGAAUUUUAGAUGAUCACAGAAACACAAUUUUAUGAAAAAAAAUUUUUUUGGCUAAAUCACUAGUUCCCCACUGGUUGCAAAUCUGACAUUGUCUUGUCUAGAGAUAGACUGUGGAUAUAUUUGAAUUUGGAUUCACUUAUUGACCCUUGUGGUCAGAUCUCUCCACCCAUAGUCAGAAUAUUCCCUUUUGGCUGUAAUUAAAUUUGAAAACUCUGCUAAUCUCUGUAGAAUCUUAGAGGCUUGAUGAUGAUGAUGAUGGUGUUGGUAAAAAAUAAGAAAGAAUAACAGUAAAAUCCUGUCUUGUGACCCAAAGGCCACCAUGACGUACGGCACAAAUCACUGUGGGAAACAAUUUUUUUUUUAUUUUUGUGAUGAGGAAGGAAGGUAGCCUUUGAAUACUCCUAUUAUUAGCAGAAAUGUAUUAUGAGGAUCAAGAUUAUUGAAUGAUUGAAACAACUGAUAUCUUUGUUAGUAACAUCUACGGUAGUCACAUUUACAUGCAGUUAGAACUCUAAGGGUAUAUAUUGAUUUUAUCAGGCUUUCCUUGUUUUGAUUUGUGGCUGUUGCUGAUUUUUCAUAUGUGGACAUACACCUACCUCUUCUGUUGGAAAGAACAUUUAAAUACAACAAAAUGAAAUAAAUUUUACUUAAAAAAAUCAAGGAGUCCUCUAAUGUAAAAUUUAAUUUUAACUUUCAAACUUGCUUUUUUUUUAUUAUUUCAUUUAUGAAUAGCACACAGCAAGCAUUUCUGCGAUGUUACCCAUCUCUUUCAAUGUGUCUAACUUUGAGUGACGCUUACUUCCCUUGUGACUACGUUGCAGAAACCUUCUUUAUAACUAGAAAUGAAGUAUAAAUGCAUUUUGGUGCAAUAUCUUGACUCCUUGGUGCUACUGAUCGGUAUAUCAGUGCUUGCUGUUACAAGGUGUUACUUGUUAAUGCAAGACGAGAGAAAUGGGUGACCGAGCCGGGUCUCUCAAGUCAAAUUCGGUGUUUACAAAAGAUGUAACAGAAACGAACAACUGGAAAAAAGACGGAUUUCAUGAAAUAGAAGCGAACAGCUGAAAAGCUGCGGAAGAGACGUUGUUCCACAUGGUUUUUAUAUAGAUUAAUUUGUUGGGAUGUCACAGAGGGAUCAUAUGGAAAGAAAAAAAAUGUGACAAAAAAAUCGCAUGAAUAUUUCUAAACCUUCCAACUUGUCAAAACUGCAUGUGUAGGAUGUCUGCUGUGUGUACAGACUUUCUGAAUAUUUUGUAAACUAUAUUUAUUGUGCAUUGAGGUUACAUUUUCCCCGAAGGCAUGCAGUCAUGAACCUUGCAGAAAAUUAGCAACACAUACAGUAACAGUGCGGUCUCAGAGGCUCAACACUUUGUUUCUCGCCAGUGUGUAAUGAUUAGAGAUGUGUGAAUCUUUGUGAACAUUCUGUACUGGCUUCCCAGACCCCUUCGUUCCCUGCUCUCAGAUUUCAGCACAAUAAAUCUACUACUGA